AUGAAGAGCACCACUCUUCUUUCCUUGGCCUGGGCUGCCCAGUCCGCCUAUUCCCUCUCUAUCCACGAGCGCGAUGAACCCGCUACUCUUCAGUUCAACUUUGAACGUCGUCAGAUCGCCGACCGGUCCCGUCGGAAGCGAUCGACGGCCUCGGCCGACCUCGUUAACCUGGCUACGAAUCUUGGCUACACGAUGAACCUCACACUCGGCACUCCCGGCCAGGAAGUCAGUGUGACGUUGGACACCGGCAGCAGCGAUCUCUGGGUCAAUGGGGCCAACUCGUCCGUCUGCCCCUGUACCGAUUACGGCUCUUACAACUCAAGCGCUUCUUCCACCUACACCUUCGUGAACGAUGAGUUUUAUAUCCAGUAUGUCGACGGCAGUGAAGCCACAGGCGACUAUGUCAACGAUACUCUAAAGUUCUCCAAUGUGACUUUGACGAACUUUCAAUUUGCCGUCGCAUAUGACGGCGACUCCGAGGAGGGGGUCCUCGGUAUCGGAUACGCCAGCAAUGAAGCCAGCCAGGCCACCGUCGGUGGUGGUGAAUACACCAACUUCCCCGAAGCCCUCGUCGAUCAAGGCGCGAUCAACUGGCCGGCCUACAGUCUAUGGCUCGAUGACCUCGACGAAGGAAAAGGCACCAUUCUGUUCGGCGGAGUCAACACCGCCAAGUACUACGGCAGCCUGCAGACCCUGCCUAUCGUCUCCAUCGAAGACAUGUACGUCGAGUUCGCGGUCAACCUGACGGCCGUGCACCUUGAGAAGAACGGCAACUCCGUCUCGGUCAACAACAGCGCCACGCAAUUCCCCAUCCCCGCCGUGCUGGACAGCGGCACGGCCCUGACCUACAUCCCGACCUCCGCCGCAGCCAGCAUCUACGAGGCCGUCGGUGCCCAAUACCUGAGCGAGUACGGGUACGGAGUGAUCGAGUGCGACGUCAAGGACGAAGACUUCACCUUCCUGUUCGACUUUGGAUCCUUCAACAUGAGCGUUGACAUCAGCGAGAUGAUCCUCGAGGCCAGUUCCGACAUGACCGACAUGAACGUUUGUACGUUUGGCCUCGCAGUGAUCGAAAAUGAGGCCCUGCUGGGCGAUACCUUCCUGCGCAGCGCAUACGUCGUCUACGAUCUCGGAAACAACGAGAUCUCCCUGGCCAAGGCCAACUUCAACCCCGGCGAGGACCACGUCCUGGAGAUCGGCACCGGAUCGGAUGCCGUGCCCAAGGCGACGGGGGCGACGGCGACCGGCGCGGCAGCCACAUCCACGGCCUCGAGCGACAAGUCGGACAAGGAGAGUUCGGCUACAGUGCCGCGCAGCCAGAUUGUCUCGCUGGUGGCGGGAGUCUUGGUCGGUGUUUUCUUGGUUCUGUAA